GAUAGGCUGAAGUAGUCGGCCCAGGUGAAUCUCAUGAGUUCAAUCCAAUUACAGUGUCUUGCACCUGGGACUGGCAGCCCCUGCUAUCAGUACAAGCCUAAAGUCUGUGGAGAGCAAAAGGAUUGAGCAUAGCCCAGACGAAAAGAACUUGAGGGUGUCCAGCAGUGUUCCCUUGAAGUUGAGUAGAGCUCAACUGCAUCAAAAGAAGCAAUGAUCAGUAGAUCAACGGGGGUGAUCCUGCUCUUCCACUCUGUGCUGUGGCUUUGAAACGUAUGCUGAAUUUCAAUGUUCCUCCUGUUAAAAACAGCACAGGGGAGCCGGUAUGGAAGGUUCUCAUUUAUGACAGAUUUGGCCAAGAUAUCAUCUCACCUUUGCUAUCAGUGAAAGAGCUGAGAGAUAUGGGGAUCACUUUGCAUCUGCUUUUGCACUCAGAUCGGGAUCCUAUUCCAGAUGUUCCUGCUGUGUACUUUGUAAUGCCAACAGAAGAAAAUAUUGACAGAAUGUGCCAGGAUCUUCGAAACCAGCUUUAUGAAUCUUAUUAUUUAAACUUUAUUUCCGCCAUUUCAAGAAGUAAACUGGAAGAUAUUGCCAAUGCUGCCAUAGGUGCUAAUGCUGUAGCUCAAGUGGCUAAGGUGUUUGAUCAAUAUCUUAAUUUUAUUACUUUAGAAGAUGAUAUGUUUGUACUGUGUAACCAAAACAAAGAGCUUGUUUCAUAUCGUGCCAUUAACAGACCAGAUAUAACAGACACUGAAAUGGAAACGAUAAUGGACACUAUUGUUGAUAGCCUCUUCUGUUUUUUUGUUACACUUGGGGCUAUUCCUAUAAUCAGAUGCUCAAGAGGAACUGCAGCUGAAAUGGUGGCAGUGAAAUUAGAUAAAAAGCUCAGAGAGAAUCUAAGAGAUGCCAGAAACAGUCUUUUUACAGGUGACACACUUGGAGCUGGCCAGUUCAGCUUCCAAAGGCCCCUAUUAGUCCUUGUUGACAGAAACAUAGAUUUAGCAACUCCUCUCCACCAUACUUGGACAUACCAAGCUUUAGUGCAUGAUGUUCUGGAUUUCCAUUUGAAUAGAGUUAACUUGGAAGAAUCAACAGGAACGGAAGGUACUCCAGCAGGUGCUAGACCUAAGAAAAAAAAUAAGAAAUCCUAUGAUUUAACUGCAUCUGAUAAAUUUUGGCAGAAGCAUAAGGGCAGUCCUUUUCCAGAGGUAGCUGAAUCCGUUCAACAAGAACUGGAAUCCUACAGAGCCCAAGAAGAUGAAGUAAAAAGACUAAAAAGUAUAAUGGGCAUAGAAGGGGAGGAUGAAGGAGCAAUAAGCAUGCUUUCUGACAAUACAGCUAAGCUUACGUCAGCUGUCAGCUCUCUUCCAGAACUUCUGGAAAAGAAGAGGCUCAUUGAUCUGCAUACGAAUGUUGCAACAGCUGUUUUGGAGCAUAUAAAGACUAGAAAGCUGGAUGUGUAUUUUGAAUACGAGGAAAAAAUAAUGAGCAAAUCUACUUUGGAUAAAUCUCUGCUGGACAUGAUUUCUGACCCAGAUGCAGGAACUCCUGAAGACAAAAUGCGACUAUUUCUUAUCUAUUACAUCAGCUCAUCUCAGGCACCUUCAGAGAUUGAUUUGGACCAGUAUAAAAAAGCACUGAUGGAUGCGGGUUGUAAUCUAGCUCCUCUGAGCUACAUAAAACAGUGGAAGGCUUUCACUAAGAUGGCUUCAGCUCCAACCAGCUAUGGAAACUCUACACCUAAACCUUUGGGUCUGUUUUCACGUGUUAUGAAUACAGGAUCACAGUUUGUGAUGGAAGGUGUGAAGAACUUGGUACUGAAGCAACAAAAUCUGCCAGUCACACGUAUAUUGGACAACCUUAUGGAAAUGAAGUCAAACCCAGAGACAGAUGACUACCGCUACUUUGACCCCAAGAUGCUACGAGGCAGUGACAGCUCAGUUCCACGAAACAAAAAUCCAUUCCAGGAGGCAAUAGUCUUCGUAGUUGGUGGAGGCAAUUAUAUUGAAUAUCAAAAUCUUAUUGACUACAUAAAGGGUAAACAAGGCAAACAUGUCCUCUAUGGCUGCAGUGAACUUUUUAAUGCUACACAGUUUAUAAAGCAGCUGUCCCAGCUUGGCCAGAAUUAAGACUGAAACACCAUGACCUGAAUGUCAGCAUGACAAAUUAAAGAACUGCUACAGCAUUCAGAUAACUUCAGAUCUGUAAUUUUGUCACAAUAUUAAAAUUUACAACAGCUUCAUUAAUAUAACUUCUCAAAAAAAUCUGUAAUUAGUACUGUGUAUAUCAACAUUUCUGAAAUAAACCUUAAAAUGUGUGAUAUUUUUGUUGAGCAUUAAGUCAUGUUACUUUCUAAAUGUAGUAUUAACUGUGGCUAUGACAGAGCUGUCUGAUCAACGCAGCAUUUUCAAGAUCUCAUAGACAAUUUCUGUUCCAGUAAACAAAGCAAUAUUUUGAAGAAAAGGUCAAGUCUUUCUUCAGGAGCUGUGCUCAUGAAAGCCAGCUAUCUUCAUUUAACAAAACUGCCUUUCAGGACUGCAGACAAACAGCCUUAGUGCACGACAACUGCAGCUUCUAGCUGUUAUCCUUUUACUUUACCAAAGUCCUUCUACUUGGCUCUGCGCCAUCUUUGCUUGAUGGUCUGAAGAUGUAUUUGAAAUUACCUUCAGUACAAGUUACUGAUGCAGUAAUUUAGCUUUGUCUAUGAAGGUUAUGUUUAUAUUCAUCUACUUGUCUAAACAGUCAUACAGUUUCAAACUGCAAAUCCUUUAAUAAUUUUCUUCUCCGCUUUUUAUUCUAAUUGCUUUGACUGUUAUGUUUGGGAAGAAACCAAGCCCUACUCAUAGUACAGCUUAGCCCCUACGUAGUAACCGUUUAAUAAACACAUAUUUAAAACACAUAUUAACAAUUACUUUAGGUAGAGCCAGUGCAGGAGCAGGCAGCAGUUCAAGGAUUUUCAUUAUAUAAUUAAUGUCUGCCAGUACUUACAGCUCCAGAGAGCAUGUACAGGAAUUGAAAGAAGACAGCAUGAUUUUUGUAUAGAUUUGAGUCUCUGCCUCUAGAAAUAUUCCUUCUGAAAACAACACUUCUGCCUUUCAAUAAGAGGUCUAAAAUACUCGUAAGUAACAAGGAAACACUUAUUGUGGGUUUAUUACAAAUAGGGUUUCAAGAAUUACUGGUGUAUAUGUUUUUCAGCAUUUCUUUGUAUUAUUCUUCAAUGUCUGAUGCUAAUUCUGCUUUAGAAACAGUACUUCCCCCCGCCCCAUAGAAUUUUUCUCAGAAUAUCUACACAAGAAAUACAGUUGAUCUCUUACUUAAAAAUCACAAUAAAUGUGUCAGUAAAGAUUUAUAUAAAC